CAGUUAGUAAUCGAACUAAAUUGAUUGGAACGGAAAAACUAGCAGGCAGAACGUGCUGCACCUAUUUUUCACCAGGUGACUAUUGUCUGUCUUAAUGCGCGACAGAAAUUACAGGUACGCCAUUUGUUUGAAUUCGAAGAGAUGGUUUUCACUCCUUAACCUGUGACGUCAAUCUUAGUGUUUGCUCCUUUAACAACGCAACUAUACUGCGAAUUGAUUCACAAUAAAUAAAAAAAUAAUAAAUUGGUGCGCAACUGAAAACACUUACUGCGCUAGGUAACCUCGAAUGAAGUAGUUUCAUUUUCGUUUUGUUUAGUAAGGAUCUUUUGUAGUAAAAAAAACAAAAGGAAAUAAUUUGCGAGAACUCCGUUAAAUGUUCGUUGCUUACAAAUAAACAUUAAUUACAAAAUUACACUUGUUGUGUGACGCACGUAAAGUCUAUACUUAGUCUUGUACCUAACAUAUUCUCAACGCUCAAGGUCACGAGACGAGAGGUCAGUCAGACAGAACGAUCUCUCGUUAGUCACACUGCAGUCGCUAAGUGCUCGCCAAAUAGGAAGUCUCAGAGGUGGAAGAAAAUGGGUUGCGCCGCGUCUAAAGGCGACAAAUCUGAAUCACACGAGAGGAGAGAGGCCAUCAGCACGGAACCACCCAAUUGGGACAAAGAAGCUGAUGUACUGCGUGACGCUUUCCAAGGACUGGGCACGGAUGAAAUGUCCAUCGUCAGAGUCUUGGCCAGAUUUACCAACAGGCAGAGAAGGAAAUUGCUGGGGGUGUACAAGGAACGAUUUAAUGAGGAUUUAGCAGCUGUGCUUGAAACAGAGCUGAAUGGGGCGGCUAUGACAGUGGUAAAAGCGUUAUUGCACACACCGGAGAUGUAUGAUGUCACUUCAUUAAAGGAAGCGUUUGAAAGCGAAGAUUACGAUACAGUCGUGUCCAUUAUAAUAUCAAGUAGAAAUGACAGUUUGAUGGACAUGAAGGAAACGUAUUUUACCGAGUUUAACAAGACGUUGGAAGAUGAUUUGUCCAAGAUACCAGACGAAGAUGUCAGACAUAUUGUGACGUCUUUACUCAAUGUCGAUCGAUCUUCUGCUAACAAAAGAGCUGAUAGAGAAGCGGCAAGAAAAAGAGCUACCUUUUUGUUCAAUGAUGGCGAUAUUUUGUCUCUGUUGUGCGAGCAAGUUGGCAGAAAUCAACUGAGAGAGACACUGGCUGCUUUUCUGGAGUUUUAUAGAAUCAAUAUUGGACAGUUUAUUGAAGAGAACUGUUCAAAUUUGUCGAAACAAGCGCGGGACACCUUAAAAGAUUGUGUUUUGUUAGUUGAAAACCCUCCAAGAUAUUUCGCAAAAGAAAUGGCCAAAGCUGACGAGCUCAAGAUGUUAAGAAUGAUGGUUUCUAGGUCUGAGAUUGACCUUUAUUACAUCAAGAAAGAGUUCCUUAGUAUCUACUCGAGACAGCUCUAUGACACCAUUGACAAGCAAUGCCGCUUUGAUUACGCCAGACUGUUAAUAGUGAUCCUGGAGUUGCGUGGACAAUAUACCCAGUCAGCUAAGAAGAGAUGAUUCAUGGGAACGCAUCAAAUGCUAUCCCCUAGUUCCCUGAGGUUUCGCUUCGUGUAACCUCGCUCGGAGAAUGAAACGAAAGAUCUGCAUGGUAUUUUAACGCCCUUAAGGACAGAAACCGUUUCCAUCCAUGGAUAAAACCGUUUGUACCACAAAGAGACUCGUCUUUUUAAAAGGACCUUUCGGAAGAUGAUAUAGGACUGAGAGAAGUUUGGCGGAAGCAAUUCAUUGUAGCCUACAAUUAAAACUCUCUGCAGAAGCAUUGUUACUCGGAGUUUUACCCCGCUGAAAAUCUCACAAUUUAAAAAAAAAGAACAAGUGAAAACAAAAGGAACACUGUUAAAUAGGAAAUUUUACGCAGACAAAUUUUAUCAAUGCUAUGAGAAAGGAAAGAAAAACGAAUAUAAAAAUAAAAAUGCACUUUUUAGAGAGCACUUUGUGUUGAUUCUCCAUAUAACAAAUUCGAAGAGGCUUUUUAAUUCGGUGAACGGUCCAAAUGAAAGAAAGUGGAUGAAAAAUAGCUUAAACUAAGUUGACCUUCCAAUACGUAUCAGUUGGCGAGCAAAUUCCACGGCAUGGCCUCCGCUCACGC